GACAUUCAGUUGUGCUUUCGAUUUCGUUCGGUUCGGUUCGUAAUAAUAAAUCAUCUUAAAAACUGGUCAACAUACAUCACAAGUGUUAGAGCCUUGCACUGCUUUUAUCUUCUGCUAGGUCUGUGUACUGAAAUAAAGUUUGCAAAUUGUACAUCAGCAUAUUGAAACCUGUUUCAUCUUUUUACGAAUCUCUGGAACCAAAUAGUGGUUGACAAUUUUCGUCUGGUUGUAAAUCACACCGAUGACCGAAAAAGAGUGUUAGUGUUGCAAUUUUAGUGACAGUAUAGCAUCUUUGUAGCAGUGUGUUACGAGCGCCAAAAAAGAUAAUAGUCGGAGUUGCUAGCCCUAGCUCCUAAUUUGCAAAAUUAACCUUUUAGUCGCAACCUGAAUCCACUGUGAACUUAUAUGAUGUCAUCGAAUGGCGAUGAUCUUCCGGAGGAUGGAGCCUUUGCCGCCAGCAAAAACAGUUGGAAUCGCUACUAUCAUAACAGCGUAGUACAGCCACUGCUCACGGAUCUUUACCAGAUAACCAUGGCGUACGCCUAUUGGAAGUCAGGAAAGGUGGAUGACCAUGCCGUUUUCGAUCUGUUCUUCCGGACCAAUCCUUUCCAGGGAGAGUUUACAAUUUUCGCCGGUUUGGAGGAGUGUCUCAAGUUUAUAGAGAAUUUUCACUACUCGGAGACAGAUAUGGAAUAUCUAAAACAUGCCCUACCCCAAGGCAUCGAGGAGGAGUUUUUCGAAUAUCUAAGCCAGCUAACAGCAAAAGACGUCACACUCCACGCCAUCGCGGAAGGUUCCGUUGCUUUUCCUAGGAUACCUCUCAUCAAAGUGGCAGGUCCACUGAUAAUCGUGCAGUUGUUGGAAACAACUUUGCUGACCUUGGUGAACUAUGCGAGCUUGAUGGCUACGAAUGCGGCCCGGUACCGCAUGGUGGCAGGGCGGCACAUCAAUCUGCUCGAAUUCGGUCUCCGUCGAGCUCAAGGACCCGAUGGGGGCCUAUCGGCUUCGAAGUAUUCCUACAUCGGUGGUUUCGAUGGCACAUCCAAUGUGUUGGCCGGUAAACUUUUCAAUAUUCCGGUGAAAGGUACCCACGCCCACGCUUACAUCACGUCCUUCACCGGUACCCAGGAACUGAAGACACGUGUGCUGGCACACAAAGAAACGGGCGAUAAACGCGAUCUGCUGGAUCUAGCAACCCAUCACCGGACGCAGCUGGCCACGAUCCUGGACACUUCGACGGAUGAAUCGAGCGAGGGAGAACUGGCCGCGAUGGUUUCCUUCGCGAUUGCCUUUCCCGAAGGUUUCAUGGCACUAGUCGACACGUACGAUGUUAAGAGCGAACAGAAUGACACAAAAAGUACGCUCCUUGGAGAUUCCAGUUGUUUCCUGAAUGCGUCCAAUUGGGAUUUGUUUGGGUCCAUGACCGAUGACCAAGACACAUACCGACGGACUGAUGACGUCCCGGACAUCCCCGACGGUAACACCCUGGAAGUGAACGCAGAGCAAAUCGAAGCGAAAGAGGGAGAGCAGAGAGACGGUAGUCGGAUCGAUGGUAGUAAUUGUUAUUAUUGUUGUGGUAGCGUGACGCGUGCUGUCGAUUCCCUUGAGAACGGAAUUCCCCAGCAGGAUGAAGAAAAAGCGAACAAUUUCGAUCCCGAUCCAAAAGGGGGUGAUGGUGGCGGUGAAAGCUCGCCCAGUGCACCCGAAACUGGUUGUGCCCCAGUCGAUAUUAUUGUCAACGGAGGCGAUGUCAACGAAAGUGGACCGGCUAUCGAAAACGACGAUGAAACUGGAGAAGAUAAUAUGACGUUGCGGCCAAGAUGUGCGAAGUGUGAGGCCAACGCGCGAGACAUGAAAUCCUGCGUCAUCGGUCAUCUAAAGGCUGUUGGGAAGUGCUUCAGGAGUGGUCUGCUUAAUUUUUGUGCUGUUGCAUUGGCGCUCAAUGACCAGGGAUACCGGGCAAUAGGAAUCCGCAUCGAUUCUGGAGAUCUAGCGUACCUCAGCUGUUUGUCACGCGAAACCUUCGAACGGAUAGCCGAAUGCUUCAAGCUGACCUGGUUCAGUAAGCUGACUAUUGUAGCAUCGAAUGACAUUAACGAGGAGACGAUUCUCAGCUUGAACGAGCAAGGACACAAGAUCGAUUGUUUCGGUAUCGGAACACAUUUGGUAACCUGCCAGCGACAACCGGCUCUGGGGUGCGUGUAUAAAAUGGUCGAAAUCAACAACCAGCCUCGAAUCAAACUCAGCCAGGAUGUGGCCAAAGUGACUAUGCCGGGAAACAAGAAUGCAUUCCGUUUGUACGGCGCUGACGGUCAUGCUCUCAUUGACCUGCUCCAACGGGUGGACGAAAGUCCACCGGAGGUAGGCCAAAAAGUGCUUUGCCGGCAUCCGUUCGAGGAAUCUAAACGAGCUUACGUCAGUCCUGCUCGGGUAGAAACGCUAUACCAGGUUUACUGGGCUGACGGUCGGGUGACCCAAGCAAUGCCGUCGUUGGUCGAAGUUCGCGAAAGAGUCCAAAACUCACUCCGUACGCUCCGCCAGGAUCACAAACGUACGUUGAACCCGACACCCUAUAAGGUUGCAGUCAGCGAUAACCUGUAUAACUUUAUUCACGAUCUCUGGUUGCAGAAUGCACCUAUCGGUGAACUGGCAUGAUAAGUUUAAUACAUCUAUCGUACUGUUUGUGUCGUUGGCUCAACCUGUUUUGAACCAACCAAUUUGUUAUGCAUGGCACUCAAAGUGUUAUGCAUUUUGAAACUCUAUACAUCACUGAGAAAAAAAAGUGCUGAACAAAGAUUGUGCAAAGUUGUUGGAAAAUGUUAGUAAUUGCAUUCAAAAGUUUAGCGCAGAAACAAAUAACUUAUUUCCGGUUCAAGUAGAAAGAAAUAUACGAACAUUUUGCGAUGAAAAUUUGUGGAAAUAAUGACAUUUCAGUUUGCGUUGCCGAACCCAACUGUGUUUUAUAACUUGAAAUCUGCAUGUAGAAUAGUAGGUGCAAAUUCGUAGAAAACCUAAGUCUAACUAGGAACCGAACAUUUUGUUCUCCAAGCGGUAUUUAUUGAUGAAUUUUUAAACAAGUAUCUCACAUUGAAACAUGUUCUUAGAGCUUUUACGAUAUUGUGGUAAGCCAUUGAGAAUUGGAUUUUAGUGAUUGAAAAGAGUUUUGCUAUAAUUUCAUAAGUGGUUGAAUGAACAGUAACAAGAAGUUGGUUGCAAAUGGAAGCUUAUUUUUAGAAAAAAAAAUCAGACUUAGAGCAUUCCAAAGUAUGCUGAAUACUGUUUUGUAGACAUUUGAUUGAAUGUCGAACCUUAGUACAACUGUUUCAAAUUGUAGGAUCGUCCUAGAACACGUAGUUUUGUUACUCUUGAUAUUACUGUUUAUGGUGUAUUAUAGGUUUUAAAACACAUUUAUUUCUGCAUAUAUUUAUUCAACAACGUAAAGGAAAUAACACACAUACAAACAUAAAUACGAUGAACACUACUUUAAUCUAAAUGUAAAUCUCAAAGUAUCGUGCCUUCAAACUCCACACGAAUUUCAAACCGAAACAUAGCCAUAGUAAAUCAACGAAAAUAAUCUAUUUACGUGCAAACCAAUUUCCAGAAUAUUCCAUUCUGGUUCUCAAAAAUAAGCUUUCAUUGGAUACCAAAUUUUUAAAAUACAUGAAAAUAAUUGGUUUCUAUUGGGAACCUACAAAACUAAAACAAUUUACUACCCAAACUAACCACAAUCAGUCAGAAAUGGAAGCGUCGCAUAUCUUAUGGGAUAUAUAAGAACCACUAAUACCGAACAGUAGUAAAUGCAAUCCUUCUGAAGUGAAACAUCUACCACAGUAGACCCUUUUAAAACACAGUUACCCAACAGUUAAUAGACAUACAAACUUAUGAACAUUUAGCACAAAUAUAAACCAGUAGCACGUAGCUCUUUUUGAAGGUCUUGGCUCUUGAAAAGACCCUUUUAAUGCCGAUACCGGUUUUUGAACAAAAAUGGAAAUACGGUUGUCUUAUAGCAGGAAUCGAUAUUAUGAAAUACCCAUAGUCACUUAUAAUGAGUACAAUAAAAUACUACCCACUCAACACACAGAAGAAAUCAAAUUCAGAUCAAAACUUUAAACAUUGAAAACUCUAUUUAAUAGCUAAAUGGAAUUUAUUCGUGAAAUGCGUUAAA